AGCUGGAAGGAAGAAUUAAGCGUAUGGAGCGAAGGAUGUCCAUAAAGACACAUAACACUCACUAUGAUGAAGAUGAAUUUGACAUUUUACCAACAUCUCCUAGGGAUAGAAAAAUGUUGCAGAAGAGGUACGAACCGUUAAGCUGCAUUGUGCUUUAAUGCACCCUAUGUUAUUAUUUACUCCGUGUAAAGCCAGAUGAUUUUAUUCGUCAGGGAGAGAGUGCUGUGGCUCAAUGGGUUAAUAAAACUAUCUGUCCAUGUACAUGUAUGUAGUUAACCCAUCAGGUCGUGUAUUGUGCCCUAAUGCACACUAAGUAUACUUCAUUAUUUACACUGUCUAAUGGUAGAUUAUUUUACUUCGUCUAACAUCAGAUGACUUGUCAAGGGGAGAGUGGUGUUGCUCAAUAUGUUAAUAACCAUGUUAUUUCUGUUGAAGAGGCCCGUUGCUAAGAGUUCACAUACGUAUUAUAUAAUUCAGCCACACAGGCUAUGUAAUUCAUUGUCGAGAGUGCUGCACCUGAAUCACAGGGUUGCAGUUCCUGCUUGAGGGCCUACAGUAUAUUCUCAUUUUUUUGCAACUUCCCUGGUCAGGUCUAAGAAAUUUGAAGAAAUUUCAUCUACACAAACCCUUCAACAUUCUGUUACCCAAAAUUUAGAGGAUGUACAUUGUUAUUUAUACUUGUUACUUAAUUUAUAGUAUUAAUAAUAUACAGCAUGUUACUUUAGUAUUUAGUCAACAUGUAUGUUCCUUCUAUUGCAUUUUAGAAUGAACAGAAAACCAUCAAUUAGCGAGCUGAUGCGCAGGAAGAGUAUCCCAGCUGCUGCGGCAGUCUUAAUGUCUUCAGCAAUAGAGAGAUUCGUCAAUAUUGAUACAUGUUUAAGAACUGAAACUUUGUAUAUGGAUAAUGAAAACAGUAUGGUGGCAGAAAUACCUGAGCAAAUUAUUCAGGAGAACACUGAUCAGCCUGUUUGUUCUGCUGAUGUACCAAGUAUGUUUUAAUUAAUACAAUUUUCUUGGUACUGCAGCCGUCUUGAAACUAAGUUGUGGGUGAAAGUUUUGUUCUGCACAAGACCAGUGCAUGACGCCCAUUUCCAAAAUCACUUUUACGCAUCUUGUAAAUGAAUGAACUUAACUCGAAAGUAAAUGGCUCUAUUAUAAUUGAUAAAACAGUUCAGAUUGAAAGUAGUAUGACACAUAUAUACUAACUGCAGCUUUUCUGUUGCUUCAUGGUUACUUGUAGUUCCUCAAUUCAGGAUAGUUGAAAACUACUCAACUCCUCUUCAAACAUGUGGAACAACAACAAGAUCGAGUGUUUCAUCGACUGAAGAUAUAGACACUACUUGUGAGGUAUGCUCGUAUAGUGUCCUGACAAUGUGUUCUACUCAUCUUUACCACUAUGUUACAUUCUUACCCUGUUAUAACUUCAUCGUCGCCUGUGUAUUGUUUUUUCGCCCAACCAAUGAUAUUACCUCGUGAUAUUACACAAUGGUUAAAUGAGUAUAUAACUAUUGGUUGCUCUAGUGAAAAUACGGUACACACGUGACGAUGAACCAACUGUUUUUUGCAUAAACCAAGACAAAACAUAGAUAAUGAGGAUGUCUUCAUCGAGUUUCCUAACCUUAUUUUAUUGACUAUGGCGAGGGGUAGCGCUGUGCAGCGUGCCAUAUUUUGACGUAAGUUCGGUCCAAAACAUUUAAUGCACGUUAAUUACGUCAGCAGUUGAAUAACGCGACAGUUACCGGAUAUUGAUAAUUAGCCAGAAUUGGUGACCAAUCAGAAAUGAGAAUAAAGUUUGAAUGUAUAAUAAUACAGUAUUCAGUAGGUACUGUAUUAUUAUUAUACUGCAUGUAUACUGUAAGAAUAAUUAUCGGUUUCAUAUUUUUGUUUUCUAUUAUUAAGAACAUGGAUGAUGAAACGUUUGGGAAAAGACAUUCACGACCCGAGGCUGAUGAAAAAAGACGAAAAAGGUUAUUUAAUGUUUAGUGCCAUAAUUCAUUUCUGCAAUAUUCAGUUGGUAUGCUAUGAAAAAUAGUUUUCUUAACAUGCGAUACUUUUUCCAGGUGGGACAUUCAACAUUAUCGAGCAAAGAAACAACGUGAAGAAUUACAAGAAAAAUACAAGCAAAGAGAAGAAGCGAGAUUAAUAGGAAGAAAAGUAGUAGAACCAGAACAACUAUCGUGUGACGAGACAUUACUGCCAGAUUGUUUUCACAGUAAGUUCAUAACAAACUGCCAGAUACAGCUAAUUCAGUUGCUGUUGCCCCUUCGGAAUCAAAAUCGCAAAACCUCGACCUCUAACGCCUGUAUUGUAAAAGCUCACUCACACUUAAAGAGUGGAGGUUCAAUCUGAGCUUCCCUUGAGUGUCAAUGCUGUUUUCGAAUAGCUGGAGGGUAAGUAGUCACAUAGUAAGGUACGACACUAACCCUCCAGCUAUUCAAAAACAGUAUUGACACUCGAGGGAAGCUCAGAUUGAACCUCCAUUCUUUGAGUGUGAGGGUGAGUGAACUUUUAGAAUACAGGCGUAAAGGCCGAUUUAGACAACACAACUUUUGCCUAAAACUGUCGCAUACAACCUGUUUACAACUUGAGUUGCACUGUGUAAAUCAAAAACUCGUGUGCAAAAGAUAUGUACUGGUGUAAAUCGGCCUUAAUAGUUUGUCUCAGCGCGAAACUCACAAUGAAUGUGGAAAUGCAGACAAAGAGACAAAAAUAUGGGGCUUCGAGGUUGAGGUUUUGACUUUUAGAAAAGCGUGAUGUUCUCAUGCUCCUCACGUGAUAUUUGGGCAGUUAGUGCAAGCCAUGUCUCAAAACAGUUAUGUAUUUGUUUUAUUUAGUUCAAACAGUAGAAAUAUCAGAUACAGUUCCUGUGACUGCAUUUGGUGCACCAGUUCAGUCAUUUCAACACAGGUGGGAUAAUUUGUGAUCUACCGACAGCUUCGUUCUGGAUGAUGAAAAAUCUUAAUACCUUGAUUCUUGAAAACGGCCCAUAUGCCAAUGGGCCCCACCACCCUCAACUGGUCGCACGAUACCAGUGGCGGACACUGGGGGGAGGGGGCUAGCGGGGCAACUGCCAUUAUUCAAUAAGUUGAAAGAACUAAAAUUUCUAGCUACAAAAGGUGGUCAUAUGUCUCCAGGAUUUUGCGAUGUGUACGCCACUGCACAAUACGUAAAUAACAACGAAUAAAAACAUUCGUGGCAUGUAAUUAUAAGUAUAAAUAUCCAUUUCUAUGUUUUGUAGGGAGUUCGAGCUGCCUUGGUUUAGUGUCGAUAAACGUGAGCAGCAUGAGCGGGGAAAACUGAUACGCAGUAAAGCGAGGAACAGACGGAAAUCCGGACGACGAUUUUGUAAGUUUUGUCAAAUUAUUAUAAUUCUUGGUUUGCACUUGACUUCAUGUCAGCCGUGUUGGAGGAACGCUCACAAAAGAAUCUCGUCAGCAGCGUUUGGAGCGUGUUCUCAACAUGACCGCCUUGUCUUUGUCUCAUCUCAAGGGAUUGACUGCAAACCACCAAUAGCAACUUCCCUUUGCUUGAGUGCACCAAGUCGAGGUCAUGAUUUAAAUCGGAUCUAAGUUAAGGGCUGCUUGCUUAUACGAGCCAGGCUAGCUCGGUAAUCCGGACUGUUUCGUACUCAUUCGUAUGUUUGCAUAAUGUCACAAUAAGUGACUGGAUGGCAUGGGGAGCAGUGGGAUAUUCAAGGUAAUGAAAAGGCAGUCGGUGGCGGACACUAGGAUGACGCAAGGGGGCAACCUCCCCCCAAUAGUGACCUGGAACGGGAACGCGACAGCAAACAAACUCAUUGAACCAAAUGUUUGCAGAAGAAAACCUGUCGUAUAUUAUGCAUCAAAUGAAAAUAAUACAGCUUAAGGAUUGAGGUUAACACAGAGUUAAUGAUUUAGAAAUGUUCUAGGACCCAAUUUAAAGUAGCAGUUGUCCCAGUUUGAAAUUUAAGCGUUGUAUAAAAGACGUAAUAAUCUGUAUUUUGCUGUUGUAAACAGAGCAAUGCGACGUCUAAAACGUCCGUGGGAUUUUAAUUGUUAAUGUCUACUCAAUUUUCUUGCAUUAAUAUGUUAUUUUGGUGUUAUUUACCGAGGUAAAUACUCAUAUUUUUCAAGCUUGCCCGGUGUAACAUCACAAAUAUGAUAUUAAUAGCUGUCUUCGUUGCACUGACUUUCCUCCUGCUUGUUGAGUUUCUUUAUAACGAUAGUUCUUGAUAAAUGUGUAAAAUGUAAGCCUGUUUAUUGUCACGUCCCGUACUAGAAUAAGCCUUGCUUAAGUUAGCCUCGCUAAUAAUUUCCAACCGUUGCUUGAUUAACUGUGACAAAGCUGUGGCAAUUAUUUUUCGACCAUGAGAGCAUGGUAGGUUAUUAUAGAUUGAGCUAUAUAUUGCAUGAAAUUUAAGGCAAAAACGUUUAAAGAACUAAGAUUUCCAGCAACGAAAGGCGGUCACAUGGUGGCAACCUUAUAUAUGGUGGCAACCCCCCCCCCCCCCGAAUAUUUCGCGAGGUAUCCGCCACGAAACACUCCGAUGACUGUUGCAUCGUGAUCAGAUAGCGCUAGUGUUAGGCCGAGUGUUAUGCAAAGAGCUCGUUGAUAAUCAGAGGGUCUGGCUAGCAUUUAGGAGGUUAUGGGUUCAGUCCCUGUGUUGGAUUUUUAAAGCUUAGUUCUUAUAUGUCGUCGAUGGUCGGUGAUGCACUCACGGACCAUUAUUAGUGAUCAUUGAAGAAAAAAAGAAUUUCAGGUGGACAAAGGAUUUUACUCUCCAUGACACUGCGCCUAUCGCCGACAUCGGCAUAGCAAAUGACGUAUUUUGAAUUUGUUUUUCUAGAGAAACAAACAUUUCCCUGAUGGACGUUGAAUAUGUUAGAUGGUUGCGAAGACUUGGUUACCAGUCCCGAUGGAAUCUCUAAAUACGGACGUUGUGAUUAGGGAGAGUGGAACAUAAAACGUUUUUCAUGUAGAAAUUGAUAUUUUCCUGCUUAAAAGACUGAUUAGCUUUUAUCAAUAUUUAUCAAAAUCCUUCCUGCCUGCAAGAACGGUUAGUUCACUUUGAACAGUUUAACUAAUAAACUGUGAAUGCUGGUAUAUAUUGUCCUCACAAAUUGCAUGAACGCUUGCGCAUUUCCCGCGACCUUACCUAUUCUGAUACAAUUUUCACUGUAAGAUUAUCUACUGUAACAACACGGAUCUUCUGGGAUAUAUCACAAUCAAUCUCUGGGUCAAGCCGUUUCUCUUGACUUUUGAGUAUUUAUUACUAUAUUUGCAAUUAGGGUCGGGCCGGUUUAUCGAUAAAACCGAAAUAAACGAUUUUUUUAAAAACAAUCGAUUUUUCAAAAACAAUCGAUUUUGAAAAACAAUCGAUUCAAUCGAUUUUUCUUUUGACAAAAACCGAAAAAAACCCGAAACUUGCAGAACAGCGCGCGAAGCAUAGAGUAUUAGAGGAUCAUCGAGUAGUUCAGAUGUGUGUAAAAGCGAAAAUAAGACCGAAAUAUUCGUAAUUCGCAACCGAAAUGGCCGCCAUAUUUUGUUACCCAGUGUUUCCACUAUUUUAUGAAAUUUUCAGACGGUUUUCGGUUUUUACCCUGAACCGCCCGACCCUAUUUGCAAUAUUACUGUCCUAUCAUGACAUUUGCAAAUUUGAAUCCGUCUACAAGAACGAACUUGCAAAGUCCCCAAAGCUAUUGAUAAUUCCUAAGCCGCAUCUUUUGUUGAAUUCGAAGUUAAUUCUGAUACAUAUUUCUUAAUUCGUUGUGGUUCAUGCUUAAAGACCUCGUUUACAUGAGACCGGCACGAAGUCAAACCGGGAUGAAAAUCGAGAUUGUCAGUGUGUUUGCAUGUGACCGCUAUGAAAAUCACAAAUCUUUUCAUUUAUUUUCCUGCCAUUUCUCUUUUUCCCAGUGCUUUUGUGAGCAUGCGCUGUUCCGAAGUCAGAGUACAGCCUACACCGGUUCAAAAUGUGUUUGUGUUCACAUUCAUUCCGCUCCGAAUUCAUCCCGAUCUGAAGACAGUCUGUUUGGUCCAGCGAGCGUGAUGAUUUCAGACCGGUCUGAGCAAUUUUUCGUCUCGGUCUCAUGUAAACUGGGCCUUAGUUUCAUUAACAUUCGACAGGUUAGGUUUAGUUGUAUAUUAACUGCAGUGAAUGUAAUUUGUUCGGGGGUUGUAUUUAUUUACUUUAUGAAAUGUUCAGUUUUCAACAGUAAAUAUAAUGGAAAGGAGUCUGGGAGUACAGACAAAAUAUCUUUGGAUUGAGAAUAGCAACGUGCACAAAUGCAUAUUAUGUAAUGAAUCCACAAAAAAUAUUUAUUAUUCAACACUUUCUUGCAUAACAAAAUUCAAUGUUAACAAUUUAUAAAUCUUAACAGUUACAUCUGAAUUGUGGGAGUUUUACUGUGACAAAACAGAAAAUAUCCCAUCAUGUCUUACUUGCUUUCCCAACUCAAAAUCAUUUACUGUAGUCUGUCUCUAAUAACAAUGUAUUCAUCGGCUAUGAUGGUGUAGGCAUACCAGAUUGACGAAAGCAUGCAGGAAAGCAUGUCAAUAUAGCCGUGAGGAUUGUCCUACCAUUCUUAGUCAUUUCAAAAUACAUUGCAGUGAUGCAGCUCUAUAACCACUUUGGAUCGUAAUAUCACAACAACUGCACCAUUGCGAUUUCUCUGCUUCGCUUUGCGUUGUGAACUCUUCAUAUCUUCACUGAGAGACCAGAACUUGGAGCUCAUAAUGAUCCACGAUUUCACCGUCAAACCACUUCUCUCUUCGUUUAUCAAUUCAGCAUUGUGAACUCUUACGGCAACUUUUCCAGAGACCAGAACUUGGGAAGUCUGACAUUAUUUGACUUAUUCACUACCAUUUCACAUGCAAUUUAGGUGAAUCAUAACCUUCAACAAUUCAGCAUUAAUCCAACAUAACCGAGAUUACAAGAACAUUAACUACUUGGUAUAUAAAUGUUACCACAAUUCAUAUUGAACAGCCUCGCCGUAGACUUCCACAUGGACAGAUGUACACAAGAUGAUAUGACUUACACAACUGAAUCUCGCAAGUUGUCGUUCAUUGUUCCUUUCGAAGAUUUUAAAAUCUCAUAAAUUCCUUCAAGGUCGCUUCCAACUUUAUCUUCCAGUCUGUGUAACCUUAAAGAAAGGUCUUUCAAUUGUUCUUGGAUGUUUUCAAGUUUUGAGCAAGUGUCAGGUGCUUUAGGAUGUGUUUCUGGACUGGUAUUUUUUCUUUUUAGUCCCACUGCUAAGCUACUUAUAUUUCCAAACGUAUCAUCCCUUCCUGUUGCAGUACUCGAAGAACUACAGUUCCGUUCGCUGUGUGCACAGUCCACACGACCAUUCCAUGAUCUGCGUUCUUCUUUACGUGGGAAUGGCAUAUUAGCCUGACCUUCGGGAGAUGUUUCAAUAAUUAUAGGAAUAUCACCAUGGUGACAUUUCUGUCCUUCAUUAUCAUAAUUUCCACCAAAUGAAGAUGUUCUACUUCCAGCAUCGGAUUUUGCCUGAAGUAAAAUAUUAAG